GGAUAACACGUGUAUAUAUUUCCACAAAAUGCAAUACAAUGUAAUAAAAAAAAAAACAAGAUUUAACUUUAACAAAUUAUGUACAUAUACGUAUUUAUUGCAGAGUUUGCAGUCAAGUUUGUCAUCAAUGCGAUUGUUGCCCACAUACAAAUCGCCCAUAUGCGUCCAAAACUGUGAACGAACACUACGAGCAGAAUAAACUCUGUGAGGCCUCCAUGUCACACCAGAAUAAUUUAAAUGUGUGCGUUGUCGUGUGUUGCUGACAUAUUUGUUAAGUCCUAAAAGAGUACAAAAAUAUCGAUAAAACACUAGUCCUGACACAACGACAAAACGGCAUUCUAGUCCUGACAAAACGGCGUUCUUACUUCCAAAACUGUAGGAUCUAACAAAAGUCUGAGUAUCCUACGUAGAAAUUAGGAAAGUAUGUGACAACAACACAAUUACCGUUUCUAGUUGUUUCGCCAUUUCAGCUCAGCGUGAGAGAAAAAUGCAUUGCUUCUUUUACUGUCUAUCUAUGAUCAUCACUAUCGGAAAAUGCGCAAUUUUAAUUGGUCUCAAUUCACUGUGAGUCCUGUGUAUCAUAGCAACGCGUUUUGGCCGUUUGGCGGCGGCUUCGGGGUCUAGUCCAGGGGGAUCAGCUACCUCCUAUGAGGACUGGGGAUGGGGAUAGUUUUUUGUGGAAGAUCAACCAACAUGUAUGCUAUACAUUAGGCUACUGGACUUUCAUUUGUGUAGUGAGAAGAAAGAUCAAAACUGAUCAUGAUAAAGAUUCAAAGUCCAUCAGCGCGGGAGUAGAACCACGCUCCUCCUAGGCUACACCCCCUGCUCACUACAAAAACCACGAGGACAUAAAAAAACCGAAACGAAACUAAAAAAGAAAAACACUACCCAACAGUGGGAAAAUGUAGGGAAACACUCUUUACCAUGGAAUUUCCAACCGCAAAUAAGAAUAAAGGUACUGCACUGUAAAAAAAAAUAUAUAUUUCUGUAGACUACAGUAUACGAUAUUCAUGCCACUGUAAUACAGAUGCUCAGUAAUUCAGCAGGUGAAGUGCAAUAUGGGUGUAAAUCCACCACAUCAACUAAGGAAGUAGGCGUAACGAUUGUAACUUCAUCUUUUUAUACACGUGCACGUACAGUGCAAUGUCAAAGGAAGCAGAAGAAUAUCAUUCUGGAAUAAAAACCAUGAGCACUGGACGCGAAGACAAUAUGAACAACUCCUCUGAGUGCGAGAAGAUAAAUAAGGAAUUUACACAUGUUUUUUUGCCCGUCGUUUAUGUCCUUGUGUGCGUAACUGGAGUUUUUGCAAACGUUUUUGGACUGAAAUCGAUAUUUAAACGGUGGAGGACUCUGGGAGACAUACAAAUUUUUAUUCUGAAUCUUGGAGUUGCCGACUUGUUAUAUGUUUCUACGCUUCCUUUCCUGGUCAGCUAUUACGCAGCUGACAGUACUUGGAUGUUUGGAACUGUAUUUUGCAAGAUAACACGAUUUUGCUUCAAUCUAAACCUCUAUGGCAGUAUCGGUUUUCUAACCUGCAUAUGUGUGUACAGGUAUCUUGGCAUCGUCUAUCCCAUGAAAAGUAAAGGUAUUGUGAACACACGGCUUUCUGUGGCCAUAAGCGCACUUGUCUGGAUUUUGGUCGUCGUUCAAAUUCUCCCAGAUAUGUUCUUUGACAAAUCAGAACCAAAUUCCUCACAACAAUGUUUUGAUACCACUGGCGACAACCUCAACGAUUACCUGGCGUACAGCAUCGGUUGGACUAUCACGGGAUUUGUCAUUCCUCUACUUGUCAUAAUAUUUUGCUACGGGCACGUGGCAUUUGUCCUCAAGGCGAAUUACAAUACUUUGUUGAAGAAAAGAAGUCUUAAAUUGGUAGUGAUUUUUACUGUUUUGUUUUCUGUGUGUUUCCUCCCGUAUCACAUUUUAAGAAAUCUUAAUUUGUCUACGAGGAUCUUGAAAAUGGAGGGAAUCUGCCGCACAUAUUUUGAUGAAAUUUAUUUAAUCUAUCAAGUCAGUCGAGGACUCGCUUGCCUGAACAGUGCCAUUAAUCCACUCAUCUACUUAGUCGGGAACGACGAGUUCCUUAUGCGUUUUCACAGCUUCAGUAAACGAACUCGGAGGUCGUUGGCGCAUCUGACUGAUGUUGUUGUCUACCGCCAACCACAGAUGAUGGAUUCUACAGUAAAUACUGAGGCAGGGAUGAUUAACAGUGACAUUUAGCUACUUAGUAAACGCUACCUUCUUUGAACUUCUGAAUUGUCUUGUUCAAUAUGUACAGUAAUCGGUGUGUUGUUAUUGUGUUUGCUGAACUGUUAAAUUAUGAAGAUGAAAUGAAUUACAUUUGGCCUUAUUAGGAAGAUAAAACACAAAGUGACUAAUAACAACAAGCGCCACAAUAUAAUAUUUAAUCUGUUGAAUGGUAACUCAAAGACAAUGCACAAAAAGUGUAUUUCUGUGUUUAUUGUGUUUUGCAAUACCAAAUGUUCUCUUCAAUACAUCAUUUUUGUUCAAGUUUGCUGUGACAUUCAUAUCUUCAUGUCUUUCAUAACUUGUGUUUUUUUUAUUUCAGUCGAGGGACAAAAUGUGAAGCUCAAAGCCUUAAUUAAUCCAUUUAGCUCCUUUGGUCCUUUGAAACAUUUUGUGUAUUGUAGAACCAUAACUUGCGUGGAUGUUUAUAGAGGGCAUCUCUCCUCCUCUUUCACCAGAGGUUCCUGAAGUCUUUCUGUUUUUUUCCUGUUUAAGACAAUUAUCGUGAACAGACAUCUGUGUAGGCACAGUGAGUCAGUAAGCACGAUUUACUUUAUGACAAAAUUGUCUCUUGGUGACUCAAUUAGUUGAUCUCUUAAUACCGUAAAAAAAAAAAAACAUAUUAGUCACUGCUAGGCAGCUGCUGGUAUGCUAUUUGAAGUCUGCAUGUUGUGGGUGUUUGUAAAUGGAAUGCGUGUAUUUUUCUGUAGCAGCAGUGUUCAUAGAGAAUGUCUCAGGAAACACACAUUUCCUAUAAAAAUGUGGGUGGCCAUUUGCCUCUGCACAUCUGUUUUGGUGUGCCAUGAUUUUAACAGGGCUGAGUCUAUUUACUUUUUGUAAUAACUAAUUGUUUAGACUGAUUUCAAACAGUGGAUCAGAGUUUUUACCUCCCUGCCACUGAUCAUCAAAAGGGAAAGAGGCCAGGAUAGACAGCCAUGUGAGAUGAGUUUUUGUCUAGUGAUGUACAUCAUCGCAUAAACCUAAAGAUCAACACUUGGUUGAUUAGAUAAGGGUACAGUUUGCAGUGAGCCGUUGUUUUUGUACUGCAUUUCCAAGAAAUCUGUUGUUUCACCUGCUACCCAAUCACAUAACAACAUGUGGCUCUGACUGGGUUAUUCCAAGAUGGGUGGCUCAUUGCCUUCUGCAGCUUUGCAGGCAGGAUAUUCAAACCUAUUAGUAUCAGCGGUAAUUAAACACCACUUCCUGUUUUCUGCAAUGUCAUUUGGUAAACCAAACAUGAAGUAGUGCAUAGGACAUCAACGUUUGACGUAAUAUUCCAGGCCAGCAUUUGAAUCCUCCUGAUCUGAGCUUACGUAUAUUUUGUAUAUUUGCUUUCUGUGUAUAUAGAUGCCUAGUUGAGUGUUUUGUUUCUGUUUUUCUAUUUGAUUUUCUAUUUUAUUGUGAUCUAAUUGUUUUGUUUCUGUUUUCUAUUUGAUUUUCUGUUUUAUUGUGAUCUAAUUGUACAGCUUUGGUCAACAUGAGUUCAUUUUAAAUGUGCUUUAUAAAUAAAUUUGACUUGACUUGACAUCCA